AUGGAACGUUAUUUCAAAUGUUCGCAAGAACCUCCCCAAAACAGUGUAGUUGAGGGACUCAUAGCAAAUUCUUCUCCGAGAAAACGUCAAGCCCUACACAACAUUAAAGGCACACACAGUAAUUUUGAAUCAAGUCUGAAGUCAGCCAUUGGUAAAUUAAAGACAACACCAGAUGGUAAGAAGGCUGUUAAACUUUUGUCGUCAGCCAUGUUACAAACACCAAUGAAAGAAAAGCACUUAAAGAAAUUGGGGGUGUCUAAAAAACGAUUAAGCCAUCCUUUCAUCCGAAAGCAAAGAAAUGAUUCCAUUCCAACAAGUGUGAAGAAUGAAGUGUACAGGUUCUUUUUGUUGCCAGAAAUUUCUCGAGCUUUACCUCACAAGAGGUAUGUCACCAAAUAUGGAUCAGGAUAUCUGCUUCUAACUUCACUUGCUGCUGCAUACAAGUUAUUCAAAAAACAAGAGCCAGAUAUCAAAUUAGGAUUUAGGAAAUUUGUUGAAUUGAAACCAAAACAAGUACGUCUACUAAAGAAGUCAUAUUGGGAUGCUUGUGUUUGCCCUUAUUGUAUUAAUAUUUCGUACAAGUUGAAUGUUCUAAAUAGAUAUGUUGGAGAAGAAAAACAACUGAAAAAUGAACAUGACUUAUUUGACAUGUUGUUGUGUUCGUACACAAAUCGUUUUGCAGAUGCCCAGUGUGUUAAUGGUACAUGUAACAAAUGCUCAGAUUAUGAAUCAACCUUAACUGAAUAUUACAAUGUUGAUUUUUCACAGAAUGUCACAUGGACACAUUGGGAAAAGGUCCAUUCCAAUGGAAAAACUAAAAGGGAUCUUGUGAUUAUCGAAGGAAAUUUACAAAAUCUCUUUGAUGAAUUUGUUCAAGAUAUAAUUCAGCCAUUGCAAGGAGAAUCAUUUAUCUGCCAUCUCUUUACAGCAAAUUGGCAAUUUGCUCAAUUUAAAAGAUUAAAACAAAAUCUUCCUCAAAACUGCUUGUUGAUGAUCAUGGAUUUUACCCAAAACUAUGCAGUUAUUUUACAGGAUGCCAUAAAAUUACAAGCCUUUACCCACAAGCAGAUCACCAUACAUCCAAUUGUUGUGUUCUACAAAAAUAAAGAUCUGGUUCUUGAGACCGAUAUCAAUCAAUUAAGACCAGAAUCUGAGCAGCUACGUCCAUUACCAGGUACACGAAAAAUUCAUGAAGUAAGAAGUACAUCAACCCCAUACCAAGUAUGUGUAAGAAAGUUGAGUUGUUUUUGUGGGAAAACCUGUUAUUGUAAUGGUACAGAUUGCGUCAAUAAAGAUUAUACUGGUGAAUUUAUUAGACAUGCACUUGUCACAUUUAAAACAUCAGAUGGUAACUUUGAAGAUAUUCUGAAAGACUUAGCAUCUACAAACGACCAAGUUAAAUAUGUUCAGAAAUGUCUGGUAUACAGUAACAAAAUACCCCCCAUUGAAGACAUAUUGUGUCCAUCAGUUCUACAAAUAAAAGGGGUUAUGGAUAAAGUUGCUUUGGACCUUCUUCCUGAACUCUGCCUUCAUGAAAAACUCUUUCCAGUUAGAGUUAUUGGAGAUGGGAACUGUUUACCUCGCAGCCUCAGUGUUGUGGUAUAUGGUGAUGAGAAACAUGCUGCUGAAAUGAGAGUCAGGAUAGCGGUAGAACUCAGUCUACAUAAAGCAAAAUAUUUAGAUAAUCAACAUUUGUCAUUGGGAUUACCGGUAGAAGAAAGUUCAACCAAAUUCGUGAAUAUAUUCACAAUGUUUUCCCCAUUUUAUAUUCCACCUACCAAACUUACCAAAGACGUUAUUGAAAAAGUUUUUAUCGAGGAAGCUAUGGAAACCGCUGUUAAUGGAUCCUACAUGGUAAUCUGGCACCUAUUUGCUUCAAGUUCCAUCAUUGGAUAUCCUAUUUAUUCUGUUUAUCCUGAACGUGGAAACCCUAAUAUUCGACAUGACCUACACAGAAUUAUACACCCAAUAAUUCCAAAGAGAGAAGAAAAAAUUAUAUAUAUUAUGUGGUCUACCUGUCGCACUGAUAUGACGAUGGAACAUUGGAUACCUAAUCAUUUUGUUCCUUUGCUUCCUCUGGAAAUUAAACUUCCUCAAGGCUUAAUUGAAGAUGUUUGUAUGGUUAAUGCUUGUAACAUUGAAUUAAAUAGUCAUGAUGAAGUUCCAAUGAAAAUUGAACAACAUUUAAACGAGUUGUUUACAGAUCUCGCUUCUGAUGAUACCGGUGAAUAUAUGUUUGAUAUGACCACCAGUCCGAUUAUAGAAAUGGAGCCGUAUGGUGUUGACAACAAAGUGUGCAAAUCUAGAUUAAAGACUGGCAUGUUUGUGCUUAUUGCACUUCCGUAUGUCUCUAGAAAAAGAGACAAAGAAAAACUUUUUGUAGCUGAGAUUCUUGAUGUCAAAGAAGAGAAUCUUUGGUUAAGAUAUAUGGUCAAACAGGAUAAUAGAAAAUAUGUGUGGCCUGCAAAAGAAGACUGUUCACUAGAGCCAAUUGAUAGGGUUAAAAAGGUUUUGAGUUCGCCAUUGCCAACUGUGGUAAUGUUACAUAGAACUAUUUUUAUGCCUGUUGAGAAUGUUACUUUCCAUCCUUAUUUUGAGAACGUUACUCUUUGUCCAUCCACUAUAACGUUAUCAAUUUUUUGUUACAAACUGUUGUAUUUCUGA